GGACUGGCUGCUGGGGUGGAAGAUUGCAACCUUCAGGUGGUCCGCCCUGUUUCGACUAAUGCAAUCAACUCGACGUGCACAAACGGAAGAUCAAAUAGAACAAGUUGUUGAACAACUCUAGGCUGUGCACGCCACAUGAAAGAAGAAGGGACUGGCUGCUGGUUCUUAUUUUCAAUUGAUUGGCACCAAGUGAAAUGAAAUGAAUUGGGAAUUCUUUCUUUGAACAGGUCGGAGACAGGAUGAAGCCCUUCGUUACAAUUGUGCUUGUGAUGUGCAUUUACCUGUCGGGAUCAGAUGCAGGUGCAGGAAUGUACGGGAAAUCAGUGGUAUUCCCAGCCAAGACAUCCAACAGCUUUGUCAUGCUGCGUACACCUGAUUUCUCCAGUUUGUCUGCUUUUACUCUCUGCUUCAGGGCAGCCUCUGAAGCGACUCGCUCUUACAGUUUGUUCUCCUACGCAACAGACUCUGACGCCAAUGAACUGCUGCUUUGGCAACAUUCUAAAAUAGAACUCCGGGUGGAAUUCAGAAGCCACAAAUCUGUGUUUAUCCUCUCAGAAAUGAAUUCUUUACUAAGACACAUCUGUGUGACCUGGGAGUCUCAAGAGGGGGCGGUAACAGUCUGGGUCAAUGGGAGACGCAGUGUACGGAAGGUUGGUGGAAAGGGUUGGGUUAUAAAAGGGCUUGGUCAGUUUAUUCUAGGUCAGGAUCAGGACUCAGUCGGUGGAGGGUUUGACGCCAGUCAGUCCUUUGUCGGAGAGAUCUCUGAUGUUCACCUGUGGGAUCAUGUUCUCCAAUCCAAUAAGAUUAAGAACGUCAGUCAGGGUUGUCUCAGGAAAGGAGGGAACAUCAUUGACUGGGGAUCAACACAUUAUACAUUUGAUGGGAUUGUGGAAAUUAAAGACAAUAAGGAUUGCCCAAAUUAGAUACAGUAAACAUUUAAAUGUGCAGAGUGGAACACAAUCUCCUCGAACUACUCUAGCUGAAUAUAACCUUGCUUUGCGAUCUUUCCUCUUUAAACCAGAUCAGUAGUAGAAGUACUGAUGUUGAUUCCAGAAUAAAGGGCUGUUUAUGUCGGGGUAAGGGACAACUCACUGAGUCCGUCCAGUUUAUCUUCAAACUCAAAACACAAGAGUCUCGGCCAUUCUCCGUCACACAUUGAGAGAGGGAUGGGGAGCGGGGAACCAUGGUGGAUGUCUACAGGGAUCAGCAGGGUGUAAACCCCAGGGCACUGCCCCACACACUGACCCUUGACUGAAGCACAGGGACUGCUCAGAACAGACAAGUCCGCCCUCUUUAACCCGACUCCCCUCCUCGUCCAAUCUGCUGGAGCCCUUCCUCAAACCCCACUGGGAAUAGUUGGGCAUCCCAGUUAAAAGGUUUGUUCCUGUCUUGAUUUAAAUUGUGCUGAUUGGAAUUAUUACUGUCUCUCUCUGUAUUACCCUAUUGAUUUCACAUUGUUUGUUACACCAAGGUUUGGGAAGCUCACAAUGUGUUCUGUGCUUCCAGUGAAUGUGAUUGAACUGUAACAUUGCAGUUUCAUCAGCUUAAUAAACAAGCAUCAAAACAACAAAGAUCUUCUCUAAGAAAUGA